AUGGAGUCAGUUGCUAGACAUGCAACCUUUGGUGUCAAGAGAUUGUAUCAAUCCCCUCGUGCGUGCGCACAGAUCUCAAGAUGGGCUGGCCCCAAGACUGCGACGUCUAUAAGACGGAUUCACACGCCAAUUACCAAAUUCGCAUCUCUCGAGUCCAACGUGCUGCGCUGUCUCAACCUUAGAUCUCCAUCCCUGCGCCUAUCUCCUUCCCAGUUGCGCCUACUAUCCACAAAACCAUUACCUGACCACCGAAGACCUAUAGUCCGCUUCUUCUACCGCUUCUUUGCGUAUACCGGUCUCUUCAUCCUUACUAGCACCGGCCUUGUCAUUGCAUUUUUCGUCUACGACGCAACGACCUAUAAGGACAAUUCCACGAUUGCAGACAUACCAGUAUCCGAGCAUGCAUUGUCGCCCAAAAGAGGAGGGCCCAAAAAUCUUCCGAUUGCUAGUGUGCUGGUAGACGACGAGGACAGCCCGGACAUGGCAGCGCAGAGGGAUAAGCCGAAGAUGGUCAUUCUUGGAACAGGCUGGGGUAGCGUUGCGCUACUUAAGACUUUGCACGCAGGAGACUACCAUGUUACAGUCGUAUCUCCUGUCAAUCAUUUCUUGUUCACACCAAUGCUACCGUCUGCUACGGUAGGCACCCUUGAGUUCCGCUCCCUGGUCGAGCCAAUCCGUCGCAUAAUCCACCGAGUCAAGGGGCACUUUCUACAAGCCGAAGCAGAAUCCGUGGACUUCUCCGAAAAGCUUGUCGAAGUGUCCCAGCUCGACAGCAGUGGCAACAAAGUCCACUUCUAUUUACCUUAUGACAAGCUUGUUAUUGGCGUUGGAUCUUCUACGAACCCUCAUGGCGUUAAAGGGCUCGAGCAUUGCCAUUUUCUCAAGUCCAUUAACGACGCCCAGCAGAUCAAGAACACCGUCCUCCACAAUCUGGAGCUGGCCUGUCUCCCAACUACUCCAGACGAGGAGCGAAAGAGGCUGCUGUCUUUUGUCGUAAGCGGAGGAGGGCCUACCGGCGUUGAAUUUGCAGCAGAGCUCUACGACAUGCUAAACGAGGAUCUGCUUCGCUCAUUCCCUCGGAUCCUUCGAAAUGAGAUCUCAGUCCAUAUCAUUCAAUCAAGAGGGCAUAUCUUGAACACUUACGACGAAGCGCUCUCCAAAUUCGCCGAAGAACGUUUCGCGCAUGAUCAGGUCGAAGUCCUCACUAAUUCCAGGGUCAAGGAAGUGCGUCCGGACAAGAUUCUCUUCAGCCAGAUGGAGGAUGGGAAACCAGUCACAAAAGAGCUACCGAUGGGCUUCUGCCUUUGGUCAACUGGCGUUGCUCAGACCGAGUUUUGUAAGACGCUGGCCAAACAGCUUGGCGACAGCCAAAACAACCGGCACGCUUUAGAAACAGACACUCAUCUACGUCUCAUCGGUGCACCGUUAGGAGACGUUUACGCCAUAGGCGAUUGCUCCACCGUUCAGAACAAUGUUGCGGACCACCUUACUACUUUCCUUCGCACCAUGGCCUGGGAGAAAGGUAAGGACCCAGAGAAGAUGCAGAUCACAUUCAAAGAAUGGCGCGACGUCGCGCAAAGGGUCAAGAAGCGAUUCCCACAAGCCACGGACCAUUUGAGGCGUCUCGACAGAUUGUUCGAAGCCUAUGACAAGGACAAGUCUGGCACUCUCGACUUCGGAGAGCUCCACGAGUUGCUUGUGCAGAUUGACAACAAACUCACCUCCCUUCCAGCGACUGCGCAGCGAGCAAACCAGCAGGGCCAGUACCUCGGUCGAAAAUUCAACAAGAUUGCAUUAGCACUCCCAGGGCUGAGAGCCAAUGAGGUCGACUACGGCGGUCUAGACGAAGCGGUGUAUAAAGCAUUCGAGUACCAUCAUAUGGGCAGCCUCGCUUACAUCGGUAACGCCGCCGUCUUUGAUUUCGGUGGUAUGAGUUUUAGUGGAGGCUUGCUGGCGGUCUACCUAUGGAGGAGUAUUUAUUUCGCCCAGAGCGUCAGCUUUCGGACCAGGAUCCUAUUGGCGAUGGACUGGACUAAAAGGGCAUUAUUCGGAAGGGGUGAGCUGAGAUUUCUUUCUAAUCCGAGCAAAGCCAGCUAA